AUGACUUCGUUAUGGCUCGCAUUGUUACUUAUUCAUCAAGGGUAUACUUUGGUGCCAGUGGUCACAGUGGAACUUGGUCAAUCUGUGACUUUGACAUGUGCUUUUGGUAGGAAAUAUCAGAGGAACACAUGGCUUUAUUGGUACAAGCAGAGUGCUGGCGAUACUUUGAAUUUAAUUGUUAUGCUGCAGAGAAGGAUAAUCCCAAAGUAUGGACCACAUUUCUCUGCUUCAAGAUUCAAUAUAACAUACUUUGGGGAUAUCAGCAAUCUUACCAUUUUCACAACAGUUCAAAAAGAUGAGGGAAUGUAUCACUGUUCUGAAAAGGACAUGAUUGAAUCUACUUGGAGUGGGACCUAUUUAUCAAUAAAAGGAUACUCUAAGAGAACAUCAAGUUACACUGUUGUUCAGCAGUCAGCGAGCUCUGAUCCCUCCCGUCCAACAGACUCAGAGACUCUGCAGUGUUCACUGCUCUCUGACUCUGAGAACACAACCUGCUCAGGAGAUCCCAGUAUGUUCUGGUUCAGAGCCAGAUCAGAUAAAUCUUAUCUAGAUGUUAUCUACACUGAGGGAGAAAAAGCUGAAAAUUGUAAAAAGAGAUCCGACUUUCAGAAGAGAUGCGUUUAUAACUUCUCUAAGAAUGUCAGCUCCUCUGAUGCUGGGACCUACUACUGUGCUGUGGUCACAUGUGGACAGAUACUAUUUGGAAAGGAAACAAACGUUAAACACGAUAAAACAUGUGAAAUCAAUGUUCUUGUCAUCACAAUAAUCUGUUUGAUCAUUUCUGUGACUUGUAAUAUUUUCAUCUGUUGCAAAACAAAAAGAGCAACAUGUCACCAAUUUAAAGAUAGCUCUACUUCACAGACAAGGCACAACUUUAACAAAAAAGUAGAUGAUGUUACUGAAGAUGGACCAGAUCUGAACUAUGCUGCGUUACAUUUCUCAAAAGGGAGAACAUCAAGAGUAAAGAACAAGCGAGAAUUGAUGACUGAAGAAAGUGUGUAUUCACAAAUUAAAGGAUGA